UCUCCCAAUCUGAGUUUCCCAAAAACAUCAGCUCUUCAUCAUGGCCUGGUCUCUGCUCUUGGCCUUCUUCUUCUUAUGGUGCCCAGGGGCCAAUUCAGAGUAUACCUUGACUCAACCUGCGGCACAAUCGUUUCCUAUGAGACAAGCUGCAAAGAUCUCAUGUACCAUGAGCCGAGACAGCCAAGUGGGCGGCUAUACCAUAUUUUGGUACCAACAGAAGGGUGGAGAGAGACCCAAAUACCUUCUCUAUAAUACUGGCACGAACGGCCGGUUCACAGGAUCCAAGGACACCUCGGCCAAUGCAGCCUAUUUAUCCAUUUCAAACCUCCAGGCUGAGGAUGAGGCUGAUUACUAUUGUGGUGGUGCUUACGGCGGUGUCGGCAACUGGAGGUUUCACAGUGAUAAAUUCAUAUGCAGAAUUUCCCCAAAAGAUCAACUCUUCAUCAUGGCCUGGUCUCUGCUAUUGGCCUUCUUCUUCUUAUGGUGCCCAGGAGCCAAUUCACAGUAUACCUUGACUCAACCUGAGGCACAAUCGUUUCCCCUGGGACAACCAGCAAAGAUCUCAUGUACCAUGAGCCGAGAUAGCCAAAUAGGCAGCUAUGGCAUCUAUUGGUACCAACAGAAGGCUGGAGAGAGCCCCAAAUACCUUCUCGCUGAUAGGAACAGCAACGGUCGAUUCACGGGGUCCAAGGACACCUCGGAGAAUGCAGCCUAUUUAACCAUUACAAACCUCCAGGCUGAGGAUGAGGCCGAUUACUAUUGUGGUGGUGGUUACGGCAGUGGCAGCAACUGGAGGUAUCACAGUGAUAAACUCACAUGCAGAAGAGCCAAUUCACAGUAUACCUUGACUCAACCUGCGGCACAAUCGUUUCCCCCAGCACAACCAGCAAAGAUCUCAUGUACCAUGAGGCAAGACAGCCAAGUAGGCAGCUAUAACAUAUCUUGGUACCAACAGAAGGCUGGAGAGAGCCCCAAAUACCUUCUCUAUGAAACUGGCAGAAACGGCCGGUUCACGGGGUCCAAAGACACCUCGGCCAAUGCAGCCUAUUUAACCAUUUCAAACCUCCAGGCUGAGGAUGAGGCUGAUUACUAUUGUGGUAGUUAUUACAGCAGUGGCGGCAACUGGUGGUAA